CGACCAGGCUGACAUGAAUAUAACACUUGUGGAAGCUCGUAGUCUGUAAGGCAGAGUGAGAAUCGCGAAGAACACAGCAGCAAGCUGCAGCAGUAAAACAACAAGGGCACUCGCAAGGGCUGAGAACACUACAGAGAAAAAGUGGAAAACUGCAAUAGGCUAAUUAAAGGAAUGAGCAGCAAAUGAUCGAAACAAAUACAGCAACUUGAAACUGAAAAGAAUGAAAUCCAGAGCUAUUCAAUAUAAGAGUCUGCGGAAGAAGCAAUAAUCCGGAAAACUGUAUGCCACCACCCCCCCCCCCCCCCCCACCACAAUUAAUUUGAUACACCGAAAGGUGUCUCGGCAGCAGGAUUGAGAAAUACUGACACAAACCAGGGAAUGUUUAAUGAAAGCCUUGGCGUGGCUGAGGAGUUUCGAAGAAGUGCAUUUGAAGGGAAAAAUUAGGUGUGCGAAUUUAACACAGGAAAACAGCAAAGGUAUCGAGACUGAAGCAACAAUGAUUUCUGAAUUGAAAACGCUACAAUUAAAAACGAUUCUGAUCAGGGCAAACUCGGAGACUUGCGGCUAGUCACCACCCCGAACCUAAACACUAACUUGUUAAGUACUGGCUCCAAAGCUAAAAAUAAUGUGAAAGAUUUUAAAGUUUCACGCGCUGUGCCAAUGUUUGCUGGGAGCAUUGACAGUAUGGAUCACGAGCUUUCUUCAGGCUCUGUAUUAAUAAUAGGGCAAAGCUCCAUCUAGUGGUCAAGAUCUAACACUACAAAAAAGCUUCAAAACAAACAUGCCUUUAAUCCCUCUUCCAGCUGAAAUGCUCAUCAGCAAUGGGUGCGUCAAAACAGACCUCAUUGAGAGCCAUUAUAAUUACACAGGGAAAUUCAACAAAAAAGGAAAACCUAACAAUGGGAUGGACCUAACUACUGUGGCCUUUCUGAUCAUCUGCAGCUUCAUUGUGCUUGAAAACCUUAUGGUUCUCCUUGCCAUUUGGAAAAACAACAAAUUUCAUAAUCGCAUGUACUAUUUCAUUGGUAAUUUAGCCCUAUCCGAUCUUCUGGCAGGAAUAGCUUACAAAGUAAACAUUCUUAUGUCUGGAAAUAAAACGUUUGGCCUCACGACAACUGUAUGGUUCAUCAGGGAAGGAAGUAUGUUUGUAGCAUUGGGAGCCUCCACCUUUAGUUUGCUAGCAAUAGCAAUCGAGAGACACAUGACUAUGAUAAAAAUGCGGCCCUAUGAUGCUAGUAAAAAGUACAGAGUUUUCCUCCUCAUUGGUGCUUGUUGGCUGAUAUCCAUUUUACUCGGUGCCUUGCCUAUCCUCGGUUGGAAUUGUAUCUGUAACUUCUCAGACUGUUCCACAGUCCUGCCACUUUACUCCAAAACAUAUGUUGUCUUCUGCAUCAGCAUCUUCAGUGCAAUUUUGUUGGCCAUCGUAAUACUUUAUGCUCGUAUUUAUAUAUUGGUUAAGACAAGUAGCCGCAAAGUUUCAAACAGAAAAUUUACAAAAAACAAUUCAGAGAAAUCGAUGGCUCUGCUGAAGACAGUGGUGAUCGUUGUAGGAAUUUUCAUUGCAUGUUGGUCCCCACUUUUCAUUUUCUUGCUCCUUGAUGUAGCUUGUAAACCAAAUAAGUGCAGUAUAUUGUAUCAAGAGGAUUGGUUUAUUGCAGUUGCAGUCCUCAAUUCUGGCAUGAAUCCCAUCAUCUACACUUUGGCAAGCAAAGAGAUGCGUCGGGCUUUCUUCCGACUUCUUUGUGGCUGUCUAGCCAGUACCAAAGUCUCCAAGGCCUUACCAAUUAAGUUAACUGCAGAUAACAGCAAAAACAACUCCAGUGGCAGUAAUUCACAAAAAGUGAAGGAAGGAGAGCUGUCACAAAUCAAUACCCCAUCAAAUGUAAUCAAAUCUGUGAACUUAACAACUCCCAAUGGAGAACUUUAAUCUUUGGAGACUAUAAUGCCUUAAUAUACAGUAUUACCUUCACAAAUUAGUAAUUCAUAAUUCUAAUUUUCUUGGAAUUCUUAAUUUCCUCUGAAACAGAUAUUUCAUUUUGUAGUUUCAGGUUAUGAAAUAAUUCCAGACUUCUGAUACCUUUAACACUGAAAUCACAAGUUAAAUGUUCUUGCA